AUGUCACUUAAUAUCCAACUUAUAACGGCUUGUGCUUUGUCUUUAGCCACUGGUCUUUACUUGGGCCACUAUUUCACUCCAAUUUCAAAUCAGCAUACUCAUAUCAAAUCAAGGAAAUUAAAGAAUAAUAGAAAUCAAAGUUCACCAUCAAAUUCACCAUCUGAUAUAACUGAUGAAUCUUUUGAAGAAGAUGAUGAAGAAGAUGCAUCAUAUACAGAAUCAUUAGAUUUAGAAGAAUCUGAAGAGGAAGAUUUUGAAGUUGAUUCAACUUCAUUAAAUGAUAUCCCAGGUGAAACUAAAAUGGCAUUAGUUGUACGUCAAGAUUUAAAAAUGGAAAAGGGUAAAAUUGCUGCUCAAUGUGCUCAUGCUGCUCUUGGUUGUUAUAGAUUAAUGUUACAUGAUAAUCAAUCUUCACAAAAUUUACCAAUGUUACAAAGAUGGGAACAUACUGGCCAGGCUAAAAUUACUUUGAAAACUCAAUCAAAAGAAGAUAUGGAUCUUUUAUUCGCCAAGGCUAUAAGUUUGAAUAUCAAUGCUUAUAUUGUUCAUGAUGCUGGAAGAACUCAAAUCGCUGCUGGUAGUGCUACUGUCUUGGGUCUUGGUCCUGCUCCAAAGGCAAUUUUAGAUCAAGUUACUGGUGAUUUAAAAUUAUAUUGA